AGAAGGACGCGUAAACGCGUCGGUCGCGUUUCGCGGUCGAUCGGUCGACUUGUGUCAGGAAAGCGCGAUGUCGCGGAUCGUCGCUCGCGUUUCCCCUCACUUUCCCGUCUCGCGCGCGCGGUUCCGCGAUAUUCGCGCGUACGCUCGUCGCGAAUCGACGUCGUUUGACCGGUGUCGAGACGAACGAAACGCGUACGCGACGGUCCUCGGCGCGCGCGACGAUGCUUCCGCGUCGAAUCCCGCCGACUCCCGUCCCUUCGUAACGCAUGACGCCGCGUCGCGCCGCUUCCGCAUUGUGUACGUUUCGACGACGAUGUGUGUGCCCGCAUAUUUCCCUCUCUGUUAAUCGCAUCGACUGCAUACGGUCGUCCGUUUCUCUCUCUCUCUCUCUCUCUCUCAUCUUCCCCUUUCCCCCGUCAUAUCUCCCUCGCCGCGAGCGCAUCGUCUUUGCGUCAGGUGUGUGCUGUUUGUAUCUCUGCGUGAGUGCGUGCGUAUUUAUGUAUACAUGUGUGUCUGCGCGUGUGAGACUGGAGCGUGUGGGAAUUGUUUUGGGAAUGUCACUCUUAUGCAUCUGUUUUCGUCUUUCCCGUUUUUUUUCCCCGUUUCUCCUAUCAUCGUGUGUCGCGCGGUCGACUGUCGCCGCGUGUGCGUGCGAGUACGUGUGCGUAUGCGUGCGUGUUUGAGCGUCAAGAGCAGCCCGCCGAUGUUCGUCGCCCGGCUUCGACCAGUGUCAACGUGUGACGCCGAUGUACGUUUUGGGACGCACCGCCACGUCGAGGACGCUACGUCGAAAAUAUCCACGAGCGUCGUGACACCUGGACCCAGCGACGUUCGGAAGAUGUGGUGGUGUCGGGCGCGGUGCGAAACAUCAAGAAAGGUAUCAAAAUGGGUUGUUUUGGGAGCAAAGACAAGUUGAGCAAGGAAGAUAUGGACUUCCUCAAGUCGCACACGCGAUACGAUGAAGCCACUAUAAAGGAAUGGUACAAAGGUUUUAAACAAGACUGUCCUAACGGCAGGUUAACGCCGGCGAAAUUCGUCGACAUGUACAAAAUGUUCUUCCCGUCCGGCAACGCGGAGGAAUUCUGCGAUCAUGUUUUCCGCACAUUCGACAUGGAUAAGAAUGGCUACAUCGAUUUUAAGGAAUUCCUAUUGGCGAUCGACGUGACGUCCAGCGGUACACCGGAAGAAAAACUGAAAUGGGCGUUCCGUAUGUACGACGUGGACGGUAACGGCGUUAUCGAUAUGCAAGAAAUGACGAAGAUCGUCCAGGCGAUAUACGACAUGCUCGGCGCGUGUUCGAGCAAUAGACCGGCGGACAGCGCGGAGGAGAGGGCGAAGAACAUAUUCGCAAAGAUGGACGAGAACAACGACGGGCAGCUGACGCAAGACGAAUUCCUGAAGGGCUGCCUCCAGGACGAGGAGCUGUCGAAGAUGCUCGCCCCUUAAUCCCGACGUCGCCUUCUUUCCGGAGCCGCCGACGCGCGAUCGUAAACGAGGAUACACACCACUACCACUAGUUCUCAUGACUCUCCCAAAAUUCAACGACAACGGAACGUCAACAGUAAGCCACCACCAAAGUCGACACUCGCAUACACACGCGCCAUCGUUCAACACGUACACGUACCGAAUAAAAUACCGAGAAAAUUUCCAAUUAAUUAUGACGUAUACGCUAUAUUAUUAUGGCGAUUCGACAACAAGUCCCGUCGCUCGUGUCCGAUGGGAGGACACGAACCGUGAUAAGAUGGCAAGAGAUCGAGGAAAAUGAUCAAGGAUGAUCGAUGAACGAAAAGGAGGGACAACGAGUCGAAUCGAGUCUUGCUCGAAUUUGAAAAAGGGAAAAGUUUUCAAGGGGAUGGCGCGCUGUACGCGCAGAUCUUCGUUCGGACGACAGUAAUACGAUGGUGAUAAUCGGACCUAGGAAAAGAUAGCCUCGCGAACACACGGAGAACGGAGGAACGACGUCACUGGUGACGACGAGGGAUCUAAUUAGCAUUUUGUGAAAGCCCUGCUGUCCAUUUUGCGAACUCAUCGUCGACAAGUAGGGUGAAUCCUGCACUCACACGCUGGUUCGUCGUGCGAAUUCAGGAAUUUCCUCGGACCGGAUGGAAUUAAUCAGGGGGGCAGAGGCGAGGGUGUUGGAAUGUUCAGUUCUCUCGGGAGAGGAAAGUGACAACGUUGGUCGUCACGGAGGAUCGCCGGUGGCUUUCAAAGCUCGCGCUUGCACCGACAAUUUGGCUUAACCGGUCCUAGACGUGCGGCAUUCGUCGUCUCUUUCCGACGAAACUAUACUCCCGUCUAAUAAUACAGACGAAGAGCAUAAAUUAAUCCUCUGAUGCGCUUCAGGAGACAUAAGGACUUUCGUAGUUCCGUACAAUUUCGCACAGAAGUGACUUUGGAGAUAUUAAUAUCGCGAUUCUAAUUUCACUCCGGAUUUAUCAAUAGCGCCCAGAAGUUGGUCAGAUCUCGCGGUGGAUCUUACUAGAUGCCUAUUGUUUUCGCGAGCGCUUUAAUCUCGUUAUAAUAGAGAAUUAGGGUAAAUAAUUCAAGCGCAUCAUACAUUAAUUCGCUUCAAAUUGGAUUGUUGGAUUGUUACGGACAGAUGUUUGCAAGUAUUUACACAAGCACUUGAUCUUCUCUCUCUAUAGUGUCAUUUAUAUAUAAAACGGAGCAAAUUUUUAUGUACGCACAUAAAGCGUAGGAUAGGAAAUAUCUCAAAUGUAUUUGAAUAAUUUCAAAACCAACUAUACGAUUUAAUCCGAUUUGAGUCUCGUGAAUUCUCCGUUGAAUCAUUGCACGGCGCUUGUUUUUCUAAUCCUAUUCAUAUAUUUGAACAGCUCAAAGCCAAACUGUGAUUUGAAUCUCGUGUAAGUUAUUGUUUGAUGGCCAUCAUUAAUCUUCAUUUCAUUCCAUUCCACUCCAUUUCACAAGAUUCCACUGCUCCGCAAAGUUCCGUUCAUCAGAUUACGCUCUAAGAGUCGCAUCAAUUUACUCUCUCUCUCUCUCUCUCUCUCUCUCCCUCUCUCGUUCGAUUAUACUUUUAAAUAAAAACUUGUUCAAAUAAAAUGAAGAAAAAAUAGCGCAUCAGAGGAUGAAUCAGGACCAGGAUUAACCAAAGCCGGUGCAGUCGGUUUGAAAUCACCCGAGGCGAUCUUCUCGAUGGACCAGGAACGGAGAAUCUCGCGUGAAUCAGACAAGUGAGUGAGGAAGCGAAGAUCCGCUCGUCGCCAAGUCGCCCGUCGUAGAAUCUAAGAGACGAAUGCGAGAGACACUUGCGUGCGCGUGUCGCGAUCGCACGCACGUCCCACUUUUUCAGGCCUCUGCACGGAUCGAUCGUAGGUCGACGUAAGAUCGACGUGUUGUUGCGCCGAUACGGGCCCUGUCGUCCUGACCGUUCGCCGCGCGAGGUGGCAACACAACGAAUUGCGCGAAUUACGAGGUAAACGUCGAGGUAAUUAGAUAGAGGGGACGGGGGGAGCAAUAUCGCUUAAGAGAAGAUACGUUAAUUUUAUAUCGGUGCGGCCCGAUGUCGAGAGAGCCCUACGUCGGUUGCAUCGUCGACCAGCACGCGCGUCAUCCUAGGCUGCAAUCGAUACUGGAUACAGCAGUUAUUACGUGCAACGGAUGUGGUCUAGUAUUCAGUACGGUUCAUGUGUAUCCGCUGGAUUUCCGCGAGACACGCGGCGUGGAUUAAGCAAAUGCCACGAAACUUUGGGGGGGAGAAGUUUUAUAAGGCGAUAAAAGGGGGAGUCAAUUUCCGGACGGCCAAAAUUUCCGUACAAACUACGCGAUUUUAAACCAUUCUUCGCCGUUGCGCUUCGCUAUUUCGUCUCGCUAUUGUUCCUCCCGAAAUUACUUACACAUGUGUACUAGAUUUUCCGACGUGUAUGUAUCCUGAUUAUCGCGAGAAAGUCGUAUAGAGCACGUGUAAUUGGCGUUAUAAAGAUACGAACAAAUCAUAAUCGUCUAGAUGUAGCAUCUCGGUUAACUUUAAUCUAAUCUUUAUCGAUUCUCCGUCUUUUUUUAGAGAAUUAAAAAAAGGACAAGGAGCUAAAUCAGCCUGCGGUCAAAGUUAACUGACAUUUGACGAAAUCGAUUUUCCCGUAAUGAUGAUUGACAUAUUUUCUACGCGUAAUAAAUAAUACGAUACGACUUUAAUCAUUAUCACAUACGGAUGUUACGUAAUCUUUACAUCACAUCGUAAUUAUGAAAAGCGGAAAGCAAAAAAUGUCAAGUCCACUUAUCGCGCCAAUCGAUAUAAAGAGGAUCAAUCUGAUAACCACAUAAUGGCCGUCUUAAUCCAAUCGACAGCGUGCUCGUCGACGCUCACAAAUGUUUCCGAUGCUUUUCACCGGAUCGAAGGCUCCUCGAUUUCUUUCUUCUAUUUUCCUUUCUCGUACAUACACACACAUAUAUAUGUAUAUCUUUAUGUAGAAUAUAUUUGACAUAAUGGUGCCCGCGAGAAACACAGUGUGCUCCGGGGUUAAUGUGGUUCGCGCGUGUAUAUAUUUUAAGAUUUACGAACAAAGAUCUGUAUCGAAUACAAUAACGUAACCGUAUGACGUUUCUCGCAUACGUUAUGCUUCGCAUGAAAAUGCACAGACGGUAUUUGUUCUAUCUCGCGUCGAGUCAAGGUAAGUUAUCUCAUCGAAGAGUAUUUUCGAAUUGAACGGAAUUUCCUUGAAUUCCGAGUAUUUGCAUAAGAAAUGUCGCCUCUUUAAAACCAAAAGGAAAUAUCUCAAGCUGAAAUCUCUCUUACAGAAUGCGCGUGAUUUCUAUUCUUCCUUAAGGAAGCAGUUUUGGAAAACGCUUUCUCAUAAUGCACAGAAUUAACUGCACGUAUGCCGUAUGCAUAUUUAGGCAUGAUUGGUUUCAAGAAAGCAAUAGUUGAGUCCGCGGUACACCCACAUAUAUACAUGUAACGUCAUCAAUUUAUCCUCUCGAACUAUCGUGUACACCGUUGUAAAUGUUCCACUGCAUGUUGGGACGCACGUUGCAGAUUGCUUGUAAUUGCCUCGUUACCUGGUUCCGAUAGUUUUGAGAUAUGUCUUGUGGUUUGCACGAGCCACAAGCGGUAUCAGAAAAUCUUUUUCUUUUCACUAUUACUCAUAUAAUGAUGAAUUCUUUCAUGUGCACACAGAUUUUUUUGAAACUUUGCGAUGAAGGUAAAAUAACAUAUGUGUUUAAAAAUCUUUUUUCUUUUUUCUUCAAGAAAAGUCCACGAAGAUUCAGAAUUAUUGUUGACUCUCAGUGAUAAUUCAUCUUCAAGGUUAAAAUUAAACAAGGACGAGAAUAAAUUAAAAUAAAAAAUAGAUUGUAAUUUUUAUCUAUAUUAAAUAAUAUGUAGAUUUUCGUAUUUAUGUUAAUUAAUAAGUCCAGCGAGACAUAUUCUCUGGGUCACGUUAGAGAACACGCGUCACAAGCUUCCAUCGAACAAGGAAACCAGCAACGACACGUGCAAGCGAUAUGCCGUGAAACUUUAAAGAGAAUUGAUCAAGCAGCUGUUGUGCGAUAUAAGGGACAAACUUGAUUUGAGGGUGUAAAUGCCACCGAUAAUUGUUAUCGCUAUUCACGGCGAGCUACCGGGCAACUUUUUUUGUCAUGUAGCGUUGCAUGUGGCGCGGUAAAUUCUCACGUACUAAGCGGCUUAAGUCGCGCUUGCAACACAUUGUGAUCCGUGCGGAUUUCUAGGGGAUAAAAAAAACCCAUUGCACUGAUUCACAAGCUUUUUGUUCUUGAAUCUACUAACGAUCGAAUAUAUAUAAAAUUGACUAGAUAAUUAGAACAAAUAUUAAUUUUCCGAUUUCAAUUGUGCGUGUUUUUAUUAUUAAAUAUAGACUACAAUUAUAAAGAAUUUUGAAGUACGACGCAAAAAUCGGAGUAAUUGAGGAAUGCUUGAGAAAAAGAUUUUAUAAAAUAUCAAAAUACACAACUUAGCUUUCUCUGUAAACUGCAAAUAUAAACUAUUGUGUGUUGAGAUAU